AUGGUGAGCAGGGGGCCGCGGGGGAAGGCGCGGCGGCGGUCAUCUCCUCGGCCCCGGAGGCGGCGACAGGUGCGGCCCGGGGGCUGUAACACUCGCUGCCCCGCGGCAGCGAGCCACCUGCCCGCCGAGGCCCUCCCAGCCGACCCGGAGCCGGUCGCGGCGCACCGCCUCGGUGGAAAUGCGCCCGACGGGGGCCGGGGCCGGCCGGGCGGCGGUCCCCGCUCGACACCCGCGCCCCGGAGGGCGGGGGCGAGGGGGAUCCGUCGUCCCGGGCCGGCCGACCGAACCCGCCGGGUUGAAUCCUCCGGGCAGACUGCGCGGACCCCACCCGUUUACCUCUUAACGGUUUCACGCCCUCUUGAACUCUCUCUUCAAAGUUCUUUCAACUUUCCCUUACGGUACUUGUUGACUAUCGGUCUCGUGCCGGUAUUUAGCCUUAGAUGGAGUUUACCACCCGCUUUGGGCUGCAUUCCCAAGCAACCCGACUCCGAGAAGACCCGGUCCCGGCGCGCCGGGGGCCGCUACCGGCCUCACACCGUCCACGGGCUGUGCCUCGAUCAGAAGGACUUGGGCCCCCGAGAGCGGCACCGGGGAGGUCCCGGCACCGUCGUAACCCCGGGCGGGGAAGGAGGGGACUGGGAACCCCAGCGGGCAGCCGUGUCGCCACAGACAGCCGCGCGGGCAGGCCCGUCUCCUCGGGACCCGCCCGGGAGCCGGCACCCACGGCCGGACCCCGGCUCCCCGACGACCGCCAACGCAACGUCGUCUCGCGCCCCCGCCACCGACCGCGGUAAAAACCGGGGUGGGGGUGGGAAGAGUGGAUGGGGCGACGGGGGGGCGCACGGGACCGACCGCCGUGACGCCGCGCUCCUCCGCGAACGGGACGAGCUCCCCGAAGCGGGCGCCCGGGGCAUCGGGCCCUUCCGUUUUUCUUCCCCCCGCGCGGCCAAAGCCACGCCGGCGCAGGGGGGGUUCCUUGUCCGCAACGCACCGGUCGGUCGGGUCCCCGGCCUGCUGUCCCCAAAGGCGGGGGCGGAGCGCGGUCGGGCGGGUUUCGGGGCGACGGGAGCAGGGGGGGGCCCGAAGGUCCUCUUCUCUCGCCGCCGCCUGAGCCCGCCCGCCGGUCCGUCCCCGCGGGACGUCCUGCCCGGCCGGGGCAUCCUCCUCGGUGUCCGUCCGCCCUUCGUACGUAACCGUCGAGUGUUUUUUAGACCCGAGCCCGGAGGCUCGGGUAACGUCCAGGCGCUUGGCUCGCGGGGCCAGGCGGCCGGGGCCGCGUUCAGACCGACCUCGGCCUGCACCCCGCCCCGGCCCUUUCGGAUCGGGCGGAGGGGAGGGGAGAGAGAGGCUGACGGGCCCCGGCCUUUCGCCACCGACGCGGAGAGGGAGGCAGGGUCGGCCCUCUCCGUCCGGGACGUCCCGCGGACCGGGGCUGGGGUGGGCGGCACGGCGGGGUACCGACCGGGUGGGCGUGGGCGUCCUCGGACGUCCUUCCUCCUCGGCGGUCCCUCCUUCCGCCUCCCCGGGCUCCUCGUGGGCGUCCGCGGGCCGACUCAGGCCGCGCAAGUCUUUGAACCGCCGCCUUCCGCGGGCCGGGAGGCUCGCGGAGAGCGCCAGGUACCUGGCUCCUGGGUUGAGGGAAACGGUUCCCAAUCCCGCUGGGCGUACCCCCGCCGCCGCUCCCGGCCCACCCGCCGGGGCGGGCGGGCGCGGCGAGCGACGGACGGCACGCGCGAGGUGGUGCCCGGCACCCGCCAGCCGGGCUCCGCGGCGCCUCGGGGGGCGUCGUCCCAGAAGGCGCGCCGAGAAACCGCUGCCACGGCCGCGCCCGCUCCCGGGGAUCCGAGGUUUCUCCGACCCGGCGUGCCCGGGAGACGGACGCGACUGGGGCCGCCGCCCUGGGCUCGCGCGCACGACGCCCGGGCCCUCCGCGACGCCGUCCUGGCCGCGCGCCCCGCGUCGAGAGCUCCCGUCCCGCAGUUCGGUCGCCCUCCUCCCCCGCGCCCCGGGCCCCGGCCCGGUCCCCGCCGUUCCCCGCGCGCCGAAGCGGCGGGGAGGGCGGUCCCAGCGACCGGAGUGGGGCGGAGGAAAGAGAGCAAGACCGCUCGGGGGGCGGGCAGCGCCUCGGUGGACGGGGCGGAGGCGGCUCGGACGCGGAGGGCCCCCUCCACCGUGGGGUGUGGGACGGGCAGCCCCCCGCGCCCGGCGGGCCCCCACCGGCCUUCCACCCCGGGAGGGGAAGGAGCGGGGCCCGCGACGCAGCUAGAGAGCGAGCGCGGAGUGCGCGGCGGGACCGACGGGGAUGGCGAUCCCCCCAAAAUCGGACCCCCCCGGGCCGCCCCACGGGCGUCGGGCGGGGGCGGGAAGGGCGGGGGGCCCGCGGGCCCCCCCACGAGCCGUUUGCCGGCUCCCAGGGCGGGGACGGAGGAGGGGGGUGGUCGGGAAAUCGCCACGGGCAGAGCGCUCCGGGAGCCGCCGAGGAAGGACGGCGGAAGAGUCGGGGUGAGCCUCCGAAGAGAGCCCCCCGUCCCCCCGCUUUCCAAGGCGGCCCGGGUGACGCUACGGCGCAGGGCGAAACCCGCCCCCCGCCCCCUCCCUUCUUCCGCCGCCGGCAGAGUGCUCCGGGAGCCGCCGAGGAAGGACGGCGGAAGAGACGGGGUGAGCCUCCGAAGAGAGCCCCCCGUCCCCCCGCUUUCCCAGGCGGCCCGGGUGACACAACGCGGGACGAAAGCCCACCCGCGGGGAGGAGAGCUCGAGACAGGGCGAGUCGGGGCGCGGGGGAGCCGUCGAGACGACCCCCACCUUCUCCCGGCACCUCCCUCCGAUCUCUCUCUCUCCCCGCAUUCCACGGUGCUCCGGGUGACACCGGGGAGCGUCCGGCAGCGGGGCCCUGACGCUGCUUUUCUUCUUCCCGGCGCUCCGGGCGGCAUCGAAGAAGUUGGACGGGAGCCGGCGGCGGCCGGGCCCCGCGAGCCCGACCCUUUCGCCCCGCUUUUCUUCCCGGCGGCCCUUUCGCUCGAUUGGAACGUGACGGCGCGGCUCGAGGCAGCCGCCGCCGCCUUCCGAGGCGACGCGCUAGAGAAGCAGUCGGCGACCCAGACGGGAGGGCAGCGAGGGGUACUGGGGCUCCAGCGAGAGGGCGGUACGAGGGUCCCCGAGGGAACCGCAGCGCGCCCCUGCUCGCUCGCGACCGUGUUUGGCCCCGCUGAGCCUCGCGGCCGUCUGGGUUUGAUUUCGACCCUGGGGCGGUCUGCCGGAGCCCCUCGACCUCGCACGGCGGAGAUCUCGGCCCCGUACGGGCAACGGAAACGGAGGCGGGGGCGGGGAAGCCGGGCCCGCGCCCGGUCCCCGCCCGCCACCGAGGAGACGCCCUCGGGACGACGGAAGUCGAUGUGGGUCCCUGGGAUCGGUGCGCGCGAAAAGGCAAAGGGUCCCGAUCCGCCUGAACACCGGACGGCCCCACCGUCGGGGUGCCGGCCCGCGAAGGGCCCUUCCCGUCGCGAACGUCAGGGCCACAUCGGUCGGGAGGACAGCGGCCGGCGGGGUGUUCCCCCUCCUCCGGAGAGCGGGGGGGCGCCGACGCUCGAAGCUCGGGUCCGGCCGCCUGGCCUGCGCGGCGGACGUGCCGGGUUGGCUUCCGACACUUGGGCAGCGAGCCGGGGAAAGGAGGCCGUGGCCGUGGCCGCUUUCCCCCCCGGGCGAGGACACGUCGAAAAAGGCCAGCCCGGCUUCAGCGGGACGAACUCGAAAAUCGCGCCGACCUCCUGGUUACCUCGGUCGGCCGAGGCGGUUUCGGGCGACCCCUUCCGGACUUCCGCGGCACGACCGACCGCCAGGUCAACCCCGUGCUAG